AUUUCAUAAUUGAGCUUAUAAGAAAAUUCUUAUUAGAAUGAGAAAAUUGAAGAUAAAUUAUUGCUUAUAAAACUCAAGUAAGGGUGAGAAACUUAUGAGUUGUUUUAAGGAACUUAUAAGUUCAGUCAAACACCCCCUUAAUCAUCAUCAUAAAUAUUUGUUAAUUAGUGUUUUUGUUGGUUGUAGAAGAAAUGAGAAAGGGAUUAUGGAGUUCCCAAUAAGUGAUGUGGGUGAGGAGCUAAUUGGAGGUUUGGUAAAGAGAGAAGGAAGAGCUAUAUCAAUACCUCAUCAUGAUGAAGAUUAUAAGUUCCAUAAUCACAAACUCAGAUUAGUGUCAUCAUCUCCGGAAGAAGAAGAAGAAGAAGAAGAAAAUAGUAGUGAUGAUGAUGAUGGGAAAGAUCAAGAAUCGCAAUUAAUAUGUGAUGGGUGCAUUACUCCUAUAUUCAACCGGAAACAGAGACCAUCUUCAUCAUCAUCUUCUUCUUCAAGUAGUAAAGAUUACUACUAUAUGAGUUGCAGCAGUGGAUGCAAUUACAAUCUUCACAUGGCGUGCUUCCACUUGCCAUCUCGCCUUCCCUCAAUUCCACUCCACCACCAAUCUGGUCACCACCUGAUUCUCAAAUCUUGUGACGAACUUCCAUCCAAGGAGUGGGAGUGCAAGGUGUGCUCUCUCGACUCAAGUGGGCUGUUCUACGCUUGUACGGAAUGCAACUUCAUAGCAGACAUCAAGUGCGCUUCUCUGCCGGCCACCAUAUAUCACACGGCUCACCCACAACAUCCCCUCCACUUUCAAUCUGGCGGGGGAGUAGUAACUUACUGUGAUGCUAUGUGUGGUGAAAUCACAUACAUUUAUGGCUGUUACGCGUGCGGCAGCUGUGAGUUCAUUGUGCACGUUCGAUGCGCUGUACUGGCAGCAUCAAUCACCAGCCGUAGAUGGGACAAGCACCACCCGCUGCUAUUGACGUACGACGCCAAUCUCAACCAUCAAGGUGAAUCAAUCUACUGCGAUGCAUGUGAAACAGCAGAAACGAAUCCUAAGAGGUGGAUGUAUCGUUGCCGCCACUGCGAUCUAUCCAUCCAUCCCGGCUGCUUGAUUUCCACAUCCGGGUACUAUAGAAACAUCAAGUUGGGAAAGGAGUAUGUGAUUAAUGAUGCGGCACUUCACCCACCACACCCUCUCGCCCAUCAACUUCUCUCAAAACGCCGCUGCGACCUUUGUCAUCGGGAUAGGUAUGAAUGGCGAGGAUUUCAGUGUGCAUCAUGCAACUUCUGCGUUUGUUUAUACGACUGCGGCGAAAAAAUGCUCAAUAAUGGAAAAAUGAAGGCCGUGGAGUGA